ACGCGUUUUCUUUUCGACCAGUUUCCCUGUAGCAUAUCAACCGUGCGGUUCGCGUAACGGGCCGUCCCUUUUUGCGGCUGUGUUGUUGAUUUUUUUUUUGUGGGAACAGCUGUGUUUGCUGUGUGUGUCGCAAUUCCGCGGGUUGUAUGAUCGAUUGUUUUUCGCGUGCACCGUGAAAUCUGUGAAACCGUACAAGCCGUAUCAGAGUACGGACGGUGUGUGGCGGCGUAGUUUAUGCUGUGAAUCAUUCUAGUUUCGCGACUCUUGGUGGAUGUAAUUUAUUCGUUAUCGAUAAAGAAAAGCCCCCCCUCGCCGGAGCUGUGUGUGCUGCCGUCGAUCGAACUCAUCCUCAGCGGAGUAAACGGUACGGAUGUACGGCGAUAAACAAGGGAGCGAUGAGACUAGUGUCCGACAUCUACAAUGAAAGCAUUGAAACAUCACUAGGAGGAAUCGCGAAGCAUCUAACGCAACCGCAAGAAUCGCGAGGACUGCCCAACCUUCCCCGUACCCAGCAACAGCAGCAGCAGCAGCAGCAACAGCAACACUUUGUCACCUUAGGCAGCCUGAAGCGUUGGGGCGAACAGUCCGAAGACGACCGUGGCCAGCCUCGUCCGCGUCCGACCGAUUACAGCCAAUUUGCGGCCAGCUUUGAAGCCGGCCCGAAACACCCCGUCACACCGUUUCCGUGCGAUGCGCAGAUCAACAAUCGUUUCGUAAUCUGGGAAGGAGAUAUCUCGCAGCUGAAAGUCGAUGCCAUCACCAACAGUACGGAUGAAACGUUGACGGAAAAGAAUCGUGUGUCGAAGAAAAUUUUCGGUCGUGCCGGUGCUGCACUAACCUCGGCCAUCGUUCACGACGUGAGAAGAUGUAAGACUGGCGAAGUUCGUGUUACACCAGGAUUCUUCUUGCCGUCGAAGUACAUCAUACACACCGUCGGUCCGAUCUACAGUGAGAAGUACAGGACCGCCUCGGAAGCGACGCUGCAUGCUUGUUAUCGUAACGUGUUGUACAAAGCGCGGGAACUAGGAUUAAGAACCGUAGCCCUAUGUGAUAUUAGCUCGGUGCAGCGCAACUUCCCACCCGACACUGCUGCUCACAUAGCACUGAGGACUGUUCGUCGUUUUCUGGAGCAAUACCGUGCCGAGAUUGUGAUAGUUUGCCUUGAAUCUAAUGCGCGCAGUAUCUACGAGGUACUAGCACCGCUGUACUUUCCGCGCGAUCCGCUCGAGGAACGAAGUGCUUUGUGGCAGCUGCCGAAGGACAUCGGAGGACUGUAUGGUGAACCGCAGCUAGCUGAUCGUCAGAUUCGCAUCAUUCACAACCCACAGCAUUCCGUCAUGAUAGAAGCGGAUGACGAUUCUGACACGAGCCCACACGAUCUGGAAAUGGGGUCCGACGUGGAGUAUAGCAAUAUAAACCUUAGCCUGGCAGCUCAACUAUCCGGUGCCGCUCAUUCCUUCACACAGAUGCAGGGCGACUUAGAUCGGCAACGUCUUCUGGGCGAUCGGCCGCGUAUGGUCUAUGAAAGCGUGCUUGACGAUGGCUUGGAAGGCAUCGAGCAUCAGGAAAGUUCACCUUUGUUGGUGGAUUGCGAUACUACGAUCGCAGAGAACUAUUGUCCGGAGAUGAUCGGCCAUGUGCUGGCGACGCACGUCGGCAAACGGACCCGUAUACUAGACGGUUCCUUUACGUACGUCGAGCUGAUGAAGCACUACCACUCGUCGCUCGACGAGAGCGAAUGGCAAAAGGAGAACCUAUACGAGCGGCUGCUGAGACGCGCCAAAACGGAAGACCUGUCGGAAGUGUCGGGCAUCGGAUGUCUUUAUCAGAGCGGCGUGGACCGGCUUGGCCGGCCCGUGGUAGUGUUCUGCGGCAAAUGGUUCCCCGCUCACAACAUUGACCUCGAGAAGGCCCUGCUCUACCUGAUAUACUUGCUCGAUCCGAUCGUUAAGGGCGACUACGUGAUCGCCUAUUUCCACACGCUGACGAGCUCGAACAACUACCCAUCUCUGCAGUGGCUGAAGGACGUCUACAGUAUACUGCCCUACAAGUACAAGAAGAAUUUGAAAGCCUUUUACAUUGUGCAUCCCACGUUCUGGACGAAGAUGAUGACCUGGUGGUUUACCACGUUCAUGGCACCGGCAAUCAAGACGAAGGUGCACUCGCUCCCGGGCGUGGAGCAUCUGUACUCGGCGAUCGCCAAGGAUCAGCUCGAAAUCCCGGCCUACAUCACCGAGUACGAUAUGGCGACCAACGGCAUACACUACUUCCAACCGAUCACAAACACAUCGUCGCCCGCAUCCUAAGCAUCACCACCACCACCACCACCCGAUUUCGUGUGCACCUUCCGAUCCUCCGGGCUGUUGAUAUUAUAGCGAUCAUCCCCAUUUUCUGGCAAGCACCUUCCCCGAAGUGAUCCUUCCCGCGAACCACCACCACAAACUCCGAGCGCAUUUAAUCGACGGUACCACCGUUUCCCACCCGAACAUGUUCGCCGAACAACUUCCUCACGAUCGCGAUCAUACAAUGGAUGGGUAGCGAAAAAGACGCGAAGAGGAAGGUAACCACACCCACUGUUCUAUACCGUUCUAUCGAUGAAUGAUCACUAGUACUGCUACUACUACUACUACUGCUACUACUAUGAGAUAAGCGGAACUGACAACAGAAAAUCUUUGCUUCCCGUUUUCACCAUUUGUUAGGUGUUGUGAGUGAGUUUGUGCGGAACAAAGGUGUGUUUUACUGUAAGCGACUAGCAGUGCGUUGCUGGAAGGGUUGGUCAAUCAAAAACUAAAGUCCCCCUUUCUUCUGGUCUAUCAAUCCUGUUUCGAUCCUAGACCGGGGAGAGUGCUGUAGUGUUGGAACCAAAAAAACAGAGCGGUGGUUUUGGUGCGGAUUCGAAAUGGGAAGUGGGAGUCGUACACGUAUUUAUCACUAGCAGGGCACGCGGUGUCCGCAUACUCUCAGCUAUACAAUGCUAACUAGGAAGAAACUGACGCCUUUGCCGAUCGUGCGCGCGCUAGCAGCGACAUUAAUCACAGUUCUCAAGCGUGAAUGCGUAGCGAGAGAAACAGAUAGCAAAAACAAAAAAGGAAGCCCCAUAUACAUACACACACAUAUAUACUAUAUAUAUACUGAGAAGCAAUGUAAAAUCCCAUUUUUUCUCAACCACCCGUUACGAGCGGGCGAGAAUCGUUGUUAUUGACCUGUUGAAUGUAGUGAGCCGGAGGAGGUGCAAAGCCUUCGCGCGCGAGGAGUAUUAUAACGAAUUUAUUAUCCUCGAAUGUACUCUUCCUUUAAUCUUUACCGACUUUCGAUUAGUUGCGUGUAUGCUGCGCUGCUCGUGCUCAUCCAAAGCCAAAAUUUGUGUCACUACAAAACCAAACCAAGCACACACGGUAAACUCAAGUAUAGCAAUCUGAAUGCAAAUGGGUUAGCGUUCCAACAACAUCACAACCAUCAGAGCUUUUGAUCGACCACGGGUUUAGCGAAUCGUUCCCAUGUUGUUCCAUAGCUCGUGGCGUGUCUUGCCGAUCACCAAAAAGUGCUGCGUUGUGUUUGAUUUGCGAUCCGCACUGGGUGUAAGCUUACAAACGAUUGCACACCGCAGCAGCAGCAGCAGCAGCAGCAGCCAGCAAUUCGUACUUAAGCAAGGACAUCGUAUUAUACAUAUAGAGUGAUGCAUAUUUUGCGUGUGUGUGUGCGUGUUGUACUGUUGAACAUUGAAAAUUCGGAUUCGGCAUCGAUCGAGCUUUCGGUUAAUGGAGCAGCGAGCAUUCCAGCAGAAAAGUAUUAUAGCAAAACAGCAGAGUAUAUAGUAUAUAGAGAGCGAGAGAGAGAGAGAGAGAGAGCAAGGCAAGGUAGUAGCAAUAGGAGCAAAGUUGAUACAUAUAUAUAUACACACGUACACGUACUGUAUAAUAGAAGAAGAAACAACACACACACACAUACAGAUUUAUGAGUAAUAAUAAGUAGCAAUUGAGUAGUUUAGCCGCCGGAGCGUCGUCAUGUUAAAUAUCGGAGGGUUAAAGUUUGACGGGCCACUCAACACAUAUAUACAUAAAAAGCACAGCAAUUUGGCGCGCACUGUGUAAGGGAGUGUUCCAUCACCCGACUGCAUCCCCUAACUGGCAAACCGCAAUGCGUUCUUGUUAAGCGGCGAAAAAAAACCAACUGCUAAACUGCUCCCUCAUCCGAAGAAGUGUAUCGGCAAAGGUGUGAUUAGCUUUUAACAGACCUCUAACCUAGACUCUAUAUUUUGCAAAGCAAGAAAUAUAAAGAAUUGUUUUGUUUUCCUAUAUUUACACCCAACAAACGGAACCAACCGAACAGGCAGUGUUCCGAUCGCUCGCGUUGAAAGUAGCCCUCCCCUCACAACGUUCUAACCUGCAAUAAGCGCUACCGCUGGUACAAAUGCCUUAACCAAGUUAAUGAAGCUUUCGUUGCCGUAGUUGAGAUGAGAUUGAUUAUUUCCCUUGUUCUUCUUCCUUGGCACACUACAACCGCGAGAGAGGUCUCUAGGCCUGCCAUUUUUGGCUUUCGGUGACUUGAUUUUACUCGUAGUAAAGUGGUCAGCCCUACGUACGGGGAGGCGGUCUGGAUGGGAUUUGAACCCCGGAUCACCGUUCCUUUUCAGCGUCUCCCCUGGCACACAAACCUUCUGCCACGUGGUCCUGUUGAAGGGUGUGCGUGUUGUGUGUUUCAUUGCGCGUAAUCGGAAAAAUGUGCCAAUUUGUUUUUUCUUCGUCACAUCUUUCCAGCUCUGUGGUAAUGAACGGCCACUACGACGCUAAGAACACCAUUCCGGCAAACAAUCAUAAUACUCUCGCCGUCGCCACACCUCUUCCCUUCAGGGCUUGUAGGCGGAGGAACCUAGGUAGUGUAGUGUUAAUGCUAGUCAAAAGAACAACAAACAAACAAACAAACAAAUGCAACAGCAGUAGUAAAACAUGAAACGAAAAACUUUAACUCGAUGCUGUUUUGGUGGGGGUAAGAUUUGGUUAGCAUGUAGUUGAAGACGGACGAUGAUAUCUCAAACACGCCUAUGUAAGAGCAGAACACACACACACACGCACACAAACACACUGCAAAAGUAGCAGCAAGUGCAUAACAUAUUAAUCGCAAAGUUGAACCAAGCAAACACCAAAUUGAUUGUUUCUGUUUUGUACUGAAGAGAAGAAGGGUGGAACAGGGGCGCGCGCUGCUGAACCAAGAGCUGUGCCGUGUCAACCCACGGUCACAAGCUAUACAUAGUUAUGUAGUUAAGGCAUGUUGUAGCUUAAAUCACGAACAAAAAAUUUGCGACGGAUUAUUUAAGCCUGUUGAGACCAACGCUCUCCUCAGCCGCUCCGUUAGGGAGAUAGCAGAAGCAGCAUGGCAGCCGAGAGAUACACCGUAGAACAUGGAGUUUGGAAGCCAUUAGAUAGCGGUAGAGCAAGAAUGGGUUCACCCGAUGCAAUCACUCACCCCCCCUAAUCCCCGGCCAACAAGCGGUACAGAGGUUUUUUUCUUUUUGGUUGUUGUUGUGGUUGUUGUUCUUGUUGUUGCCAGCACAUGAGGUUAUGCCCCGGGACAGGGUGAGCGCGCGCGGAGUGACUGACCAACACAGACCAGCAGGAGCUGAUGUUCCGGGCGAUGUACAUACACACAACAACACCCCUCGUUUCGACCCCCCUCGCGUGAGGAGUGAGGAGUGUUUUAAUUGUUUGCCGAUUGCUCGUUUUUAGAUUUGCCGCUGGAAACAGCCCGUAGAUGUGUUAUUUUAAAAUGCAAACCACCCCCCGCGAUUGGUGGUCCUUGCUCUGCAGCAGGAUAUUCCGCGGUAAAGACCCACACCGAAACAAAAAACUAAGUAAGAAAGUUAGAUCAACAGAAAAGGCUCAAGCACGAAUGCGUUUUAAACAACAACAAAAAAUCACUGCUGCCCCAAGCAGCAGCAGCAGCAGGACGGUUGGAACGAGGAUGAGGCAUUGAAAGAAUUUAAGAUUUGAGCGAGUGUGAUUCGGAGAAAAUAAAUAUUUGGUUGAUUGGAAACAA